AUGUUUUCGGAGGAUCAGCUUAAGCAAAAACAGAAUCAAACAGAGUCGUCAGCGUUGCAGCUGCCACCAACAUCAUCUCUUGCUUCACAAAACCAACAAUCAAAUCCUUUACCAGCAGCACACUCGCAAUCUUUACCAGCAGCACACUCGCAAUCUUUACCAACAGUACACUCGCAAUCAUCAAAGUCUUUACCGAUAGCACACACUAGUGGCACGGUAUCCACCAGCCAUCAAGUUGAUGCUGUGACGAACCAGAUGUCUUUAUCACACUCUGUUGUAGGUGGUUCUCAUGCACAACAGUGUCGCCACCAUCACCACCAUAGUCACCAUAGUCACCAUCACCACCACAGCAAUAAUAAUUUCCACCCCUCGCCACCAAUGUUACAGCCCGCGGCAACUUCACAAUUUAGAAAAGUUUGUUUUAACCCUAUUUCAAGCGAAAGCGACAAUAGCAUUCCCACCAGCUCAGCCUCGGGGCUCGACAAUAGCAUUCCCACCAACUCGGCCUCGAGGCUUGACAAUAGCAUUCCCACCAACUCAGCCUCGAGGCUCGACAAUAGCAUUCCCACCAACUCAGCCUCAAGGCUCGACCACAGCUCUAACUCAGUUUUUAUAACACCAUCUUCCACCCCUAGUAAUGCAUUCACAACAAAUAUUUCGCCAACAUCUCACUACAAUAACCAGCCAAUCAUUAUACCACCGUCGUCGGGCAGUCAGAAACGCCUAUCCUCCUCAUCUAAUGACUCUAGUAAACGUUUGAGGUUAGACAGUGGCCACCAUUUAAAAACAAGCACAAUAAGCGAAAAGGAAAAUGACAUGUCCACAACAGCAACUGCAACGGCAACAGCAACCCCAUCACCAUCAGCAACUCCUGCUAAUACUUCAACCACAAUAAGCAACACUCACGAACAAUUCCCUAGUGUAAACGUAACUGCCGCUGUUGCCGCCAAUACCACUGCCACAGCAACUUCCACUGUCGCCGCCACCUCUGCUGCUGCAGCUGCUGCAGCAGGUGUAAGUUAUCCCGCACAGACCAUAUCCAAGACACCCAAAUUUAUACGCAAAUUUAGAUCAAGAUCGUUACCAAUACUUAAUCUCAACACGCACAAUUCAGCAUUCUUUCCACAUAUGAGAAAGAAACAAAAUCUAUAUCAUGCAAACGCCAACACAGCACCCUCAGUGAAAAAGGAGGAUUCAACUGUUGCAUGUACAUCCUCGUCAUCGUCAUCGUCAUCGUCAUCAUCGGGCCCAGGCUCAGGAUCAGGCUCAGGCUCAGGAAGUGGAGGUGGAGUUGGAGGUGGACUUAGCUCUAAUGCCGGCCUCUCCACAAUUCCCCCACUCCCACCAAUCAACCUCCAAUCACUCAAGGAGAUUGACCUUCACGAAAUACUUAAAAACCCACAAUUGAGACAUGACAUUCUCUUUGACCCGCAAUUACAAUUUAGACCAAAUCUAGAUGGAGAACGUGGUAAGCGGAAAAAAACAAUUAUCGAUAAGUAUUGGUUAGAGAUUCAAAAGGAAUGUCAGCAAUUUUUCAACCAGGAGGAUUUCAGUAGUGCAACAACGCGUGAGAAGAUCAAGAUCCAUAGAUUACCUAUAUUAUUCACUACGCUAAGAGACAUUUUGUUAUCCCUCCUACCAACCAAAGACCGUCAACAAGUUAAUGAGAUUAUGGAUAUUGAAUUACUAGUGCAACAAUUAAAACAUGGAUCAUUUGAUUUUGUUGAAAUGAGCAAAUGGUUGGGAGACGUUUUCAAACUGCAUUGUGCACCAAUGCGUGAUUCAUGGGUUGUUGAAAUGAAUCAGAAAUUCAUUGAUGCAGCAACGUGUAAUAGCGUAUCGUAUUUAGUUGGCGGAUUGCGCAUGAUUUUCCAAAUUUUGGAAGCCAUGAAGUUGGAUGUGGCAAAUCAUCAAAUUCGGAUUUUGAGACCUGUUUUGAUUGAAACUGCAGUGGAGUUUGAGCGUGAUUAUUUUCAAACAUUGAUCAAACAUCAAAAAGUGAACAUUAAUGAUUCAUUGAAUUGGUUUUAUAAGAAAUUUAUCAAAAAGAGAAGUGAAUGUUUAACAGAGUCAAUGGAAGUUGAUGAAACCACAUUAAAACCAAUUAUAAUUAGUUCAAUAAUUGAUUUGUUAAGUUGUAGGCAAAUGGCAACUGAAUUUCCAUCGACUUUAACUUUUGAUCACACAAGACUUGUCUUGCUCCGAGCAGAUGUACGUCAGUUAGUUUGUGUUCAGUUGUGUGUCGUUUUGUAUAAGCAAUUGGUUGUGAACUCCAAGUCAUCAGCUAGUCUUCUUAAACCACAAAAUAUUGCCAAAGUGCAACUGGAAAUUUUGGCCAUUGUAACUGAUGAUAAUGGUAACAUCAAAUGGACAAAGAAUAUCAAUGCUAUAUCAUUACAAUUGGUUAAGAAUUUGUCACCUGCCAUAUCCACAUCCACAUCUGCUCCCACCAGUGUUCCUCAAUCACUCGUUGAUUUUAGCCAUAGUUGGUUGAUGAAGCACAUCCAACCAAAUUCACAAGUUUACGGCUUGAUGGAGGUUAAGAUAUUCAAGGAAUUGAUUGCUGAAAUUUCAAUCAUGUUUGAAGCAGAUGAUUAUGAAAGAGAAUCGACCAUUGUCAGCAACACCAGCAACACUUCCACUGCCAAUGCUUCCACCAUGAUCCCAGUGACAAUGGACAAGUCUACGUCAUCUACUUCUAACUCUACUACCACCGCUGCAAGUACUAAUGCUGCUAGUACAAGCAUGACCACUACUUCCACACUGAGUGCGCCAACAGAAAUGAAAAAUAUUGCACAGAGAAUUUCAACAUUGGUUAAGUUUCACUGGCAUGUGUUUGGCGUGUAUUAUCUUGAUUUCAUAAAAUCACAGUUCACCAAGUUGCAAUUGAAACAGCAACGAGAACAAGAAGAACGACAAAGAAGAUUACAGAUGGAGACCGAGACUGGUACUAUUGUUUAUAGUACCGGGAAAGGAGCGACUUCAGCAAGUGGCAGUAGCGGAGGAGGAGGAGGAGGAGGAGGAGGAGGAGGAGGAGGAGUAGGUGUCACUGCAGCCAAGCACAAUCGACAACAAGGAAACGGUGAAAGUGCGAGUGGACUGAGUACGGGAGAAAACGGAGGCAUUGAAAGUGCCUCUGCUCCAUUAAGCAUGUUGUCAUGA